UCCCCUCCCCCUGCCCAAAAAGACGCGGAUCGCCGCCCGGAGAGGCGCCUCCAGUCGCGGCGGAACGCGGCGCCGGCGGCGGAUGGAGGGCGCAAGCGGGCAGCCGCGGCGGCUGCACCCGGCGGGGCGCUGAUGCGGCGCCUGGACCUUCGCUGCGCGACUUCGGGGGCGUCGGCCGAGAGGGCGCUCCGCGAUGCAGCUCCCGAAGGCGCUCUGGGCCCUCGCAGGCGCCGCGCUCUGCUGCUUCCUCGUCCUGGUGAUCCACGCGCAGUUCCUGAAAGAAGGUCAGCUGGCCGCCGGCACCUGUGAGAUUGUGACCCUGGACCGUGACAGCAGCCAGCCCCGGAGAACAAUCGCCCGGCAGACGGCUCGCUGCGCGUGCAGGAGGGGGCAGAUCGCGGGCACCACCCGGGCCCGGCCCGCCUGCGUGGACGCCCGGAUCAUCAGGACCAAGCAGUGGUGUGACAUGCGGCCCUGCCUGGAGGGGGAGGGCUGCGACCUGCUCAUCAACCGGUCGGGCUGGACGUGCACGCAGCCCGGCGGGCGCAUAAAGACCACCACGGUCUCCUGACACGCGCAGCCCAGAGGGGCCCGGGAGGGGCCUCAGCUGCCCAGAGAGGCCGACCCUGGGCGAGGCCCUCCUGCCACGGAUGCUCCCCGCUCUCGGCCCCCCGCCCGCCCUCCGUUGCCCCUCAGCCCGACACGGACAGCCCGCGCCCUGGGCUGCCUGCGCUGAGCCCGUCCAGCUGCAGAAGGAGUCGGCCUGGGAUGCGGGGGGCGCCCCGGGUCCCCGGGAGCCCAGCCUCGCCUGCCCUCCCUGGCUGGACAUUGGCCGCGCCCCCCACGGAGGAGGACGACGCGGACGAACAGGAGGAGGCGGCGGCCGGAGGGGCAGCAGCCGGGAGAGGCCAGGACGGCGCCGGCCCGGGGGACUGACUCGCAGGCGCGGAAGCGGCCUCUCCUCGUGCCCCAGACUGUCCGAAUCACUUUUAUUUUCUUACCCUUUCAGUAUAUACUCGAUAGACCAAAGAGCAAAUCUAUUUUAACCUGGACGUGCCCCCCGCCCGAGUCCCCCGGUCCGACUGGGGGGCACCGGGGCACAGACACGCUGGUGGCACCCGCGGGGCCCAGAGGGCGGCCCCGACAGAGGCCCCCACCCCACGGACACUGCGGUGCGCCCAGGGGGCCGAGCCACGGGAGGACGGCGCCGCCCUGUGGGACGCGGGGUGAUGACCCCGCGCGGAGCCUGCCUGCCGCCCCGGGACACGGCGGCGGGCCUGCGGGCUCCUCUGUACGUAGAUGGACCUGACCGAACUAAACUCGCCGUUUUAACCAGUUAGCCACGCCUCCACGCUCCAUUUCCGAUGGUGGGAUAAUCCGGUGCUCGCCACGCGCAUGUUGGGUCGGUGUCCCGCGACUGCUGUCUCAUCGAUACACCAUUUAGCUCCCGAAAGCCAAUUAAAGGAACCUGAAGUAA